UGCGUUCUCUGCUCCCUCAUUCUAUCACCAGCUAUCCAGCACUUCCCCCUCCUCUUCUUGUUCUCAGCUUCUUAUAUCACUCUAGCCUUCCCAUGGUUGGUGCAAUGGCCAACUCUGAGGUAUCCAAAAUGGCAAAGGACGAACAAGGAGCAAGAGAAGGCGAGAUGAAGGUGGGGGUGGUGCCUGAGGAAGGGCAUGGUGGAACGGAGGCACAAGUGGAAGACUGCUGUGACUAUACACUGGAUGGCUCUGUGGACCUCAGAGGCCGCCCUGCAGUCAAAGGAAGCUCUGGUGGAUGGGUGUCUGGUAUCCUAUUGCUUGUGAAUCAAGGCCUGGCAACGCUGGCAUUCUUCGGGGUCGGCGUCAACCUGGUGCUAUUUCUGACAAGGGUGCUGCAGCAAAACAACGCAGACGCAGCCAACAACGUCAGUAAAUGGACAGGCACCGUCUAUAUCUUCUCUCUUUUUGGUGCCUUCCUCAGCGACUCCUACUGGGGAAGAUACAAGACUUGUGCCAUCUUCCAAGUCAUCUUUGUCUUGGGUUUGGUGCUUCUAUCACUGUGCACGCAUCUACUCCUACUGAGACCCUCAGGGUGCGGUGAUGGCCACGCUCCGUGUGGGUCUCAUUCCAGCUUAGAAGUUGGAGGGUUCUACCUAUCUAUCUACAUGGUCGCCCUUGGCUAUGGGGGCUACCAGCCCAACAUUGCGACCUUUGGGGCCGACCAGUUUGAUGAGGAGGACCCAACGGAAGCCCACUCCAAGGUCUCCUUCUUUAGCUACUUCUACCUGGCCCUCAACUUGGGUUCCCUCUUGUCGAACACCUUCCUGAGCUACUUUCAGGACCAGGGCAUGUGGGCCUUGGGCUUCUGGGCCUCUGGUGGGUCCGCCUUCUUGGCGCUGCUCCUCUUCCUUCUUGGGACUCUCAGGUACAGAUACUUCAAGCCAGGGGGGAAUCCCCUCUCCAGAAUCUGCCAGGUGGUCAUCGCCGCAUCGCGGAAAUGGACUGUCAGGAUGCCGCCAGGUGGAGACGAUUUGUAUGAGCUGGAUGAAAAGGAGCAUGCAGAAGCUAGUGGUAGUAGAAAGAUUCUCCACACUGAGGGGUUCAAGUUCUUGGACCGUGCUGCGUUCGUCGACUCCAAUGACUUCACCGUCCGAGGCGAGAGGUCCAUCCUCCGGGACCCAUGGCGGCUGUGCACCAUCGCCCAAGUGGAGGAAGUGAAAUGCGUGCUAAGACUCCUCCCCAUAUGGCUCUGCACCAUCCUCUACUCGGUAGUCUUCACUCAGAUGGCGUCGCUCUUCGUCGAGCAGGGCGCCGCCAUGAACACAGAUGUCAGAGGCUUCCGCAUCCCGCCCGCGAGCAUGUCUGCCUUCGACAUCCUCAGCGUCGCGACCGUCAUCUUCUUCAACCGCAGGCUCCUCCACCCUGUCAUCUGCCGGCUCAAGAAGAGCCCCAGCGGGCUCACCGAGCUCCAGCGGAUGGGCGUCGGCCUCGUGAUCGCCGUCAUGGCCAUGGUCUCCGCCGGCGCAGUCGAGCACUUCAGGCUGAAGCACGCCGGGGCGCGCUGCGAGGGCUGCGACGGCAGCUCGUUGAGCAUAUUGUGGCAGGUGCCUCAGUAUGUGCUGAUCGGAGCCUCGGAGGUGUUCAUGUACGUGGGUCAGCUGGAGUUCUUCAACGCACAGGCGCCGGACGGACUGAAGAGCUUCGCGAGCGCGCUGUGCAUGACGUCGAUCUCGCUGGGGAACUACGUGAGCGAUCUGCUCGUGACGCUCGUCAUGGAGAUCACGGCCAAGGGCGGCCGGCCGGGGUGGAUUCCGGGGAACCUUAACAAGGGUCAUAUGGACAGGUUCUACUUCCUGCUUGCGGUAUUAACCAGUGCAGACUUUGUGGUGUAUCUGGCCUGUGCCAAGUGGUACAAAUCUAUCAAGCUGGAGGGGAAAUGCGGGGAGGCGAAGGGGGGUUCCACGGUCUGAUAAACUUUAAGGCAAACACAUACAGGAGUCACCUGGAAUUCCUCAUCACAGUUAUGGUCCCUUAAGAAUAAAUCUCAGACUGGAAGUAGGUCUGGAACAUUUCUGUUUACAUAAUGCCUGCCCUCUUUUCCUUCACAUUUGUUUUUUUUUUUUUUUCCUGACUUUCCCAUGAUGAGUGCUCAGUUGGGAUGGACAGUGGAAACUGAGGUUGCUUAGGGCAUUGCAUGACACUGAAGUAAUAAAUCUAGACAGUGCUGCUGUAUUUGCUUCAGGGUCUAGGGGAAAUGAAAUGGGUGUAAGCAAGAGGUUUGGAGGCAGAGAGAAAAUACCGACAGCCUAGCGCCUCUUGCCUAUUGUUUCCCACUGAUGCAUCUCUCUGAAUAUAUUGUUCCUGCAAUAGUUAAUUCCAUUAAAUGCAAUGACUCUGCACCCUUUGUUUUA